ACCAUCUCCCCUACAACUAUACUCCUUCUGUGUGGCGCCAUUUGAAAACUCAACUUGUUCAAAUCACACUUCAUUUUUUUUUCUAGUUUCUAGAAAAAAAACACAAACACAAGACAAAAACAAAACUUUCAUCAUGGAACAAACUAUGAACAACAAUACCAAUGUUUCUUCACCUCAACGAGUACUAACAGUAACAAACCCAUUACCUCAAAUCAUGAACAUGAAUGUCGGAAACAGUGUUAGUGGUGUUAAUACUACUGGAACAUCAAUGGUGGUUUCUACGGUAGCAGUGUCAACAACAACGACGACGAUGACGCCAGGAAGCAGUGGUGGAGGAAGCUUUGAUUUGUUUGGGAAGAAGAAAAGAGGUAGACCAAGAAAAUAUGAUGCUGAUGGAAACCUAAAUCCUAAUUACAAGAAGAUUGAAAAAACACCAACAACAACAACACCAUUGUUACCACCACCACCUGGAUUCACUUUGUCAUCUAAUGAGUUUUCCUCCAAAAAGGGCCGUGGGAAACCAACUGGGUUUGGAAAUUACCAAAUCCUUUCUUCUUUUGGUGAAGUGUUUGCAAGCACAGCUGCUGUGGAUUUUACACCGCAUGUGGUUACUGUUUAUACCGGAGAGGAUGUUGGUGGGAAGAUCUUGUCAUUUGCGCAGAAGAGUCCAAGAGCGAUAUGCAUUCUUUCUGCCAAUGGAGCUAUCUCUAAAGUCACACUACGUCAACUCGGUUCUUCCGGUGGUGGUAUUUUGACUUAUGAGGGUCGGUUUGAGAUCUUGUCUUUGUCUGGAUCAUAUACGGUCUCAGACACUAGCGGCAUAAGAACUCGCGAUGGUGGAUUGAGUGUCUCACUUGCUGGUCCCGACGGCCGAGUGAUCGGAGGUUCUGUUGCUGGUCUACUUACAGCUGCUGGUCCUAUCCAAAUUGUAGUUGGAAGUUUCACGCCAGAUGGUAACAAGACGCUUAAAAAGAAGUACCAACGGGAACAAACGGUGUCGUCUCCAACAUCAACUGGUCCAGAAAUCCUGACAGCAGCAAGACCUAUCUCACAAGCAAAUGCUCAUGCUGAAAACUUCAUGAUACCGAUUUUGUCUCAGUUACCCGAUCAUCAAAACCAGAGAGAAUCUGUCAGUGUUUCAAGCGAUAAACUGAACUUAGAUGACACACCCGAUGCUGCUACUUGGACCGGUUCCGAUGAGUAUUCAGAUCAAAGAACAUCUCCUGAUAUCAACAUUUCUUUGCCUGAUGAAUAGAAAAGGUGAUGGAGAAGCUGACAUGGUAACUGAAUGAAACUAACAAUGGGAGUUUGUGAUGACAACUAGGCUAUUUGACACAAUGUACAGUUGUCAGAAAUUAGAAAGGAUUGUUGUUAUUAUUAUUAUGGGCUUAUAUUUUUUUGAUCUUACAAUUUGUGUUGAAAACUUGCAAAGUUUUGAAAACUUACAAGUUUUGUCUCUUUGUUUUCUUCUAGAGUUGGGAUUUUACUAGCUAGGAGGAUGGGAUUAGUAUGAAAGACAUUUUAAGCUAUUUUUGUUUGGAUUGUAUUAUUCAAAAUUAUUAUUAUUAUUAUUAUUAUAUUUGGUGUUUAAGAA